GCGAAUAUCAUAUUUGGUUUUGACACAUGACAUAAACUAUGGAAUUAAUAUUUGAGUUCAUGGGAAUGUCACAAAAUUCUAGUCAUGUCGGAUGAUGAAGUUUAUAGCGUUCCUCCACUCCCACCUCGCUACCGUUUUAGGGAUGUAAUAUGGGGGGAUUCCGGACACGCGGAUGACAGGGUACAUGUAGAGUUUUUUACCAAUGAAAAGUCAGUAAAAGAACGAUUACAGCUUUAUUUUAUAAAGAACCAGAGAUCUAGUCUUCGUAUCCGAACCUUCAAUUUGAUAAUAAAACUAUUAACAUGUAUAUUAUAUGUGGUUCGUGUUUCUAUGGACAAUUCCUACAUCUGUGCUUCUGGUCAAAGAGUGUGUACAAAUGGAACUAUUCAUCGCAAGAUGGAUCCGGUGGAUUUUCAUGACAGUCCUCAAAUUAAUUGGGAUGCUAUAUUGUGGGUGGAACGUCAUUUUGUUGUCUGGAUUUGCCAAGUGACAGUCGCUAUCAUCAGUCUUGCAGAAACAUUUUUAGUUCAGUAUUUAAGCUAUAAGGGAAAUAUCCUACAACAAAUUAUUUCAAUAGAAUUUUUAGUGGAACUAAUUACAACGGUUCCAGUUAUAUUUACUAUUUUUGAACCAUUAAGGAAUCUUUUUAUACCAGUAUUCUUAAAUUGUUGGCUGGCCAAACAAUCCAUGCAGAAAAUAUUUAGUGAUUUACAUCGUGUAAUGCAGAAAAAUCAGUCAGCUUUAGCUCAACAACUACUUAUACUCUGUGCUACUUUAUUGUGCCUUGUUUUUAUUAGUGCCUGUGGUAUACAACAUCUUCAGAGAGGAGGUAAUCAUCAUUUUGGUGUAUUUGAAUCUAUCUGGUUAGUAGUGGUAACCCUGUCAACAGUGGGUUAUGGUGAUGUUUAUCCUGACAUCUGGCCCAGUCAACUCUUCAUGUUGUUUAUGAUCUGCUGUGCUUUGGUCAUACUUCCCACACAGUUUGAACAGUUAGCAUGUACAUGGCUAGAAAGACAGAAACUAGGUGGUACAUACAGCAGUCAUCGUGCUCAAACAGAGAAACAUGUUAUAGUUGUAACAACAACACUACAAUCAGAUACUAUCAUGGAUUUCCUUAAUGAGUUUUAUGCACAUCCAAUGUUACAGGAUUAUUUUGUGGUUUUGUUAUCACCAUGUGAAUUAGAUCCUACCAUGAAGAUGUUAUUACAAGUACCGUUAUGGGCUCAAAGAGUUAUCUAUGUUCAAGGUUCUGCUUUAAAAGAUGCUGAUUUAGCAAGAUGCAGGGCCCAGGAUGCAGAGGCAUGUUUCAUUCUAGCUGCCAGAAACUAUGCUGAUAAAACAGCUGCUGAUCAACAUACUAUAUUGCGAUCAUGGGCCAUUAAAGAUUUCUCACCAAAAUGUCCUCUGUAUGUUCAGAUUUUCCGACCAGAGAAUAAAUUUCAUGUAAAAUUUGCAGAUCAUGUGGUGUGUGAAGAUGAGUUUAAGUAUGCCUUACUAGCUAAUAACUGUUUAUGUCCUGGAACAUCUACACUAGUAACUUUAUUAUUACAUACGUCAAGAGGACAAGAAGGUCAAGCAUCAUCAGAAGAAUGGCAGAAAUUAUAUGGUCGUUGUUCUGGUAAUGAGAUAUAUCACAUUAGACUUGGUGAAAGUAAAUUCUUUGGAGAAUAUGCUGGCAAAAGUUUUACAUAUGCUUCAUUUCACGCUCAUAGAAAAUAUGGAGUAAGCCUUGUUGGAGUACAGAAAGAUGUUCUAGGAUCUACAAUACAGUUAAACCCAGGUCCACGUCACAUUAUGAGGAAUACAGAUCUGUGUUUUUAUAUGAAUCUAACCAAAGAAGAAAACUCGGCGUUUAUUUUAGCUCAUCCCAAUCAAGAGAACAACAAUAGUCAACCACGUUUGCCUCAGGGUACAGAACAAGCUUCUCGUGUUGCUAGUAUGAUAGCAAGUGUUGGAACAGUUGCCUUAGAGCUACAGCAUACCAGAAUGAUGGGAGGUGAUGGUGGUGUUGGCAGACAGGGAAGUAAACGAGCACAUCUUAAUUUGCCAAAAGGUUUAAAUAUACAGAGCUUACAGAAGAGACCAAGUAUAGCACCUGUUCCUGCUGUUCUUGAAUCUAAUGAUGUACAGAUUAAUGUUUUUCCAGAAUCUGAGUCUGAAAGUGAUGAUGAUGACAGUUCAACAGAGAGUGUAGAUAGUUCAAAUCCAGACUAUGUUCGAGGGUUUCCACCUGUAACUCCAUAUGUUGGUACGAGUCCCACACUUUGUCAUCUGUCUCGUGAAAAAAGAUAUUUAUGUUGUUUGGAACUAUGCCAGACAUGUAGUCAUUGUUCCUUUAUAAGUGCCAAAGAUUAUGAGUGGGAUAAUCGUAUUAUUAUAGUUGCUGCUGAUUAUGCUAGUAAUGGUUUAUAUAAUUUUAUAGUUCCAUUACGAUCUCAUGCUCGAGAAGCUAAUUCUCUUAAUCCUAUAGUUCUGCUGUUUGAACAGAGUCCUGAUUUGGGAUUUUUAGACACUAUUUGUUAUUUUCCUAUGAUAUACUGGAUGGUUGGUUCAAUAGAUUGUUUAUCUGAUUUAUUAAGAGCUGGUAUAAAUUUAGCUGACAAUGUGGUUGUGGUAAAUAAAGAAAGUUCUAAUUCUGUAGAAGAAGACACAUUAUCAGAUUGUAAUACUAUUGUUUCUGUACAAACUAUCUUCAGAUUAUUUCCUACAGCUAAUAUAAUUACAGAACUUACUCAGUCUUCAAACAUGCGUUUCAUGCAGUUCCGUGCCAAUGAUAUUGUAGCAUUAGCUAUUUCUAAACUAGAAAAGAAAGAGAGACAACGAGGAUCACAUAUUUACUAUAUGUUCCGACUUCCAUUUGCUGCUGGCAAUGUUUUUAGUGCUAGUAUGCUGGACACACUUCUUUAUCAGGCUUUUGUAAAAGAUUAUUUAAUAACAUUUGUAAGAUUAUUGCUGGGAAUAGAUCAAGCUGUAGGAUCAGGACAUCUUUCUUGUAUGAAAAUAACAAAAGAAGAUUUAUGGAUUCGUACAUAUGGUAGAUUAUAUCAAAAAUUAUGUUCUACAACUUGUGAGGUACCAAUUGGUAUUUAUAGAACACAAUUACAAUCUUGUCCAGAAUUAUCCUCGAAAAAAACUAACCAUAAGUUAACUACAGCCUCGUUACAUCUCGGUGAAUCAGAAGAUAUGUGUAAUGGUGUCAAUAAUUUAACACCAGAAAGACAAGAAAUAAUACAAAUGGUCAAAUGUAGAAUGCAAAGUCAAGGACUUCCAUUAGAAGAAUAUGAUGAAUCAAGUGAUAAAAGAACAUCAGUAUCAUAUGCUAUCAUCAAUCCAAAUUAUGACCUAAAAUUAGAACUAGGUGAUAUUGUGUACUUAAUCCGACCGAGUUCACUGUCACCACAGCCAUCACCUUUAAUGGAUGAGCGAAGAUUGUUGAAAGAACAAGAAACAAUAGAGGAAAAACGUAGCAAGUUUGCCACCAGCAUAUCAGAUCAUUCAUUACAUAACGGUAGAACACCGUCGGAACCUUCAGAAAGCCAAGAUAAUCUGAACAAAUCUACAGGUGGCAGCAGGAUACCAGUGAUCUAUUAUAACAGUGAUGAUGAAGAUAAUGAAAUCUGUGGAUUAAGUCCAGCACAGUUAGAUGUUUUACCCAGUAUACAAGUUGACCGUGGGACACCAGAUUUCACAGAAGAUAUCAAAUAUAUGGACGCUUCAACAGAUUCCUCCCCUACUGACCCCACAAUCCCUACUGUAUUUUCAUCACAGCCUGGUUCCUUUGCUUGAUAUUCUUAAAUGUCGAGGAUAUGGAUUGCAAUUUCUGUUUUUAAUGUGAUUGAAAGAUUGGGUGCUGAGCUCUCAAAGUUUUUCCGUUUCUGGCAUGAAAUUAGAUUCACAAUUUAUAUAAAUUUCCAUCUAGACAUGAAUUAAAAAUAACCCAUAAUUUUCUCCCUUUGAAACAUCUCCUGUUUUAAAAAUAAAUUUAGCUUUUCAGUAGUACACAUCUAUUUAGAAUAAUGGCACAGUGUAUCCUGAAUGUCGCUAAUGUACCUCAUGAUUUGAAAGAAACAAUGACUAGAUACUAUAAAAAUAAAUAAGUUGAAUGGUGAAACCUUGAUAUUAGCGACAUUAGUGACCUGUUUUAAAAUCAUGUGACAGGAGACAUAGCUCUGUGUGAUUAGCGCUUGCCAAAGAUGACGUAUAACCAGACUUAGAGGAUUAUUAUAGACUGAAUGAUCAAGACUAGUAACCAGUUAUAGUCACUAUUGUGUGGUACAGUUCGUCACAUGAUCCAAGGGCAAAAAGUUGACUUCCUUAAGAUGGUCGAAUUCCGCAGGAUCUUUUUUAGAAACAAACACAAUGUUCAAAAAAAAAUUUAUAUAUCAAACAAUCAAUGGUUUUGUGAAUUGAUUUAUACAGAAAGGUUGUGAAAAAUAUACUACAUAUAAUCCCUUAAGUUUGUAUAUACAUAAAAUUAGAUGAAAAACAAACACAAGAGUGUUAUUGUUCUACAAGUAUCUCUAACUGUUAACAGUGUAGUUUUCAGUGAUUUUCAUGAAUCCCCGAUUCACAUCAACACCCUGAUGACUGGUGACUUACAAAUGAAUCAUUUGUAGGUAUACAUCAGUGAUGGGAUUUUGCCCGUAUAUUCCGGACAUGUCCGACGCUAUUUUCCAAAUGUCCUAAAUUGUCCGACCAGGAAUAUGCGCAAUCGGACAUCAAGACAUGGUAAAUAAUAUUCAAAAUUCCAAAAUUAAUAUAGUAUACUGAGUGCAUAACUACCACUCAACCCGAUUAUCAUUGAUAAUAGGCUGGAUUGAUUAGGUAAUUAAGUGAUCAAGGUAUUUAUCGUUUUAUGCCGUCAAUACACCUACCUUGAUUAACUACUUAAUCUGCCUUGAUUGGCUGACUUAAUUCUUUGUCGGACAAUUCACAAUUCAAUCCUGAACAGAAGUCAUUGCUUCUCUUUGUCGAACUAUAUAUCAAUCCAAUAAACUUAAUCUAUGUGAUUAACCCGUGAUUUCUCCAUUGUCUCACGUUUUAAUCUCCUUGAUGUCGUCCGUAGACAUUGGUCAUAUAUGUCACAUAUCCUAAUAGUAUAUAACACCCCAAAUCAAUAUACAUUGCGUCAGAUAACUUGUCUGUGAUAUUUCUUCAGUGGAAGCCGAAGUUAAAUAAAGCUAUUUCACACACACUCAAAAUGAAAGUAGAAAUCUCGCGAGACACGUGGAAUUAAGAGGUGUAAACGUGCCGAAUGUAAUACGUUUGAUGUCGGCAGAAAAGAUUCUAUUUUGAUGGCAUAUUGUCGGAUUUAUGAUCAUAUUUUGAAUGGGGUUUAUGUUUUUAAAUAAAUAAAUAUGUUGACAAAUAUUUCGAUUGGAAUAACGUAAGUAGUUACAGUAAUUGUUCAUAGACGAUAGCGCGUGCUUAGAGUCGAAUGGGAUUAUUUAGCAGUUGGUGUCACUCGCUCGUUCUGUUACAGCGACGUUUACUACAGUUUACAGCCAAAUAAAUUUCGGGAUGUCAUUUUUUUUACCUUCCGUAUAUAAAUCGAAACGGAGCAUAAGACUAAUGCCGGACUUUGCUGAAAAAUGUAUCGACUUAUGACCCGAAAAAUACGGUAAUUUGGGGGGAAUUUGAAACCGGUACGGAUGGGCAGUAGUCGGCACGCUUUCAUUCUAUGGUAUUACGAUGUCAUGUAAUUUUUUAGGAAUAUUAUAGACAUAAAUUUGAAUACCAUACGGCAAUUAAAUAUAAAAAAUUACGAGGUGCAUCUAAUUUUUUUUUUAUUACGUAUGAAUUUGAAUAUUUUGUUGACACGUGAUUCUUAAUUGUGGUUUGAAAACGCCUGCUUAAAUAACGAUAAGAGUUAUGUCCCUUUAUUUUCGGGAAGAAAAUGUCCGACAACUAAAAUUUUGAAAUCCCAUCACUGGUAUACAUUUAUAGGAAUGUUCUAGUCAUUAUGACUUUUACUGUAUUAUAUACAUGUAAUGAAUUGAAUCUAAAACACAGUUGCAGAAAAAUAAUAAAUCACAAGCAUGAUACUGAUCACAUGUGUAUUGUACAAGAUGUAUUUUUUGUGAAAUGAAUUUCUUUUAAAUUUGUAUGAAAUUUGCUGUGAUUUUUAUAGCUGGUCCUAAUUGGCUUAUUUUAUCUGCUUAUUGGAAACAGUAAACCAAAAUAUUCAAAACAGUUGUUAUAUAUUGCUGAUUGGUGUGUCAAAACCAGUGUGUUUUUGGUCAUUUGACAUGAUUAUAGAAUGGUUUUCACAAGUUCGCCAAUACAUGUAAAUUAUAUCAUUAUUUUGUAUUUCUUACAAAUUCUAACAUAUUUUAUAAUUCAUAUUUCAAUGCAUUGUGAAUUUGUAAAUAUUUAUAAAUAUCCAUUAAAUUAUAUUACCUUGUUUGUAAAAAAUGUUUUCCUUUAUACAAUAAGCCUAUAUUCUAUAUACCGGCCAGUGUAACGAUGAAACGUUGGUCAAACUGAGCUAUUGACAUAAUUUAAAGAUGGAAUGUAAUGUAUAGGCUGAAUUGCUAAAUGGACAGAAACAUCUUUUUGGCCUGAAUUACAUGGGAAAGAUUCUGGGAUUUGAUCUUAAACUGUAGAAUUUUGUCAUACAGUAUUUGUCAUAAUUAUUUUUUUUUUACAAUAAAUAAAAUGGAAACAUAUAUGAAUUUGUUUUUUUAUUAUUAAUACAUAUAUUCUUUUUUGUAUUGUUCUAUUACUGCUACAUACAUCCUUUUUAUAUGCGCACAUUGAAAUGUGGUCGUAUAUUGUCAUCGCCCCCGUUCGUCCGUCUGUCUACAGGCUAAAGUUAAUAUCCAAUUGAUUUUAAAUUUAUACUCAAUGUUUAAGAUCAUGAGGCGAAGAAGCCUAUUAAUUUUCAAAGAUUUCCGAUCAUUACUGCCAGUGUUCUGGCCCUUGGUCACUCUAAAAAAUAUUGUGGACUCUCUGGGGGCUAAAAUUAUUAUCCAAUUGACUUUAAAUUUUCAACGAUUUUCGAUAAUCAUUGCCAGAGUUCUGGCCCUUACUCACUUUGAAAUAUCUUGUGGACGCUCUAGACGCUGAAGUUAACGUCCUUAACGUCCGAUUGACUUUAAAUUUAUAAGGUCAUGAGGUGAAAAAUCCUAUUGAUUUUCACUGAUUUCUGAUAAUUACUGCUAGAUUUAUUAGACUUGUUUAAACCUUGUGAACCCUCAAAGAAAAUUAUAAUCUGAUCUGUAUGAAAUUGUCUUGUAAAUGCCGCCCAUUACCUACAAAGGAAUAAAUAUUUGACAACUCUUGUGACCGCUCGGAUGAUUGGGCUGCUGUGGGCAUAUGUUCCGUUGCCUGGCAACCUAUCUGUGUAUAGUUCUAUUAAUGUUGUAUUGUUCUAUUAAUGAUACAUACAUUCUUUUUGUAUUGUCCUAUUAAUGAUACAUUAAUUCUUUUGUAUUCUAUUAAUGAUACUACUUUCUUUUUGUAUUGUUGACAGCCGGUCUGUCUCAUUAAAUCUUGGAAAUCAUCCUUCGAAAUUUAAGUCAUGUUUUGUAAGCAUUCUUGACAUUUGAUUCAUAAAUGUUCUUGAGUUUUCAUUUGAUGUUAGUUAAGUCUUUAUAUUACCAGUCACUUUAAAUCUUGCCAUGGCUUCAUAAAUCAUGGUUUAAAUUCCGAACCAUUUUGCACAUGCUUCUGAAUCAUAAUCUUGUUUGAGGAUUUCAAAUUAUGCUUAUAUAUUUAAAUAUUUUUGUAAGGUAUAAAAUCAUGCUUGAGAUUUGAAAUUGGUUCCUUUGUAUUUCUUGAUGUUUAUUGGAGAUUAUUUUUUGUUCUUUAAAAGUGCUUAUUACAAAUAUUUGAUAAUGUUUAUCGAUGUUUUGUUUUUUUGUUAUAGGGAUAUGUGCAAUAUUGUUUCAUAUUAAAUAAACAAUAAUCGUUAUUUUCUAUGAUAUUUAUUCGUUGUAAGGUAUGAAAUCAUACUUGAGAUUUGAAAUUUGUAGAUUAUUAUUUGUUCUUUAAAAGUGCUUAUUACGAAUAUUUGAUAAUGUUUAUCAAUGUCUUUUUUUUUUGUUAUAGGGAUAUGUGCAAUAUUGCUUCAUAUUAAAUAGAAAAUAUGUAAAAAUAUUAUUAAAUUUGACUUAAAAAUAAACAGAAGCCAAUUUUUUAUUUAUUUAUUUUAUUUUUGAAAUGACCUUUAAAGGUACAAUCUUCCAGACUAGCAUACUAAUUUAUCAUCCAAUAAUACAUUCUACAGUAGAUAUCGCUUGUGUGAUAAAUUUCAUAAUCUACUCAUAUACAGGAGAUAUUGCUUUACAUGAAUUUGAUUGGUCAGUUAAAAGGAACUUCUUUUUAUACGCCCACAUUGAAAUGUGGUCGUAUAUUGUCGUCACCCCCGUCCGUCGGUCCGUCCGUCCGUCCGUCCGUCAGUCCGUCUGGCGUCCACAAGCAAAAAAUCUUGUGGACGCUCUAGAGGCUAAAGUUAAUAUCCGAUUGACUUUAAAUUUAUACACAGUUUUUAAUGUCAUGAGGCGAAGAAGCCUGUUGAUUUUAAGUGAUUUCCGUUAAUUACUGCCAGAGUUAUGGCCCUUGAUCCCUUUGAAAAAUCUUGUGAACGCUCUAGAGGCUAAAGUUAAAAUCCGAUUGACUUUAAAUUUAUACACAGUGUGUAAGGUCAUGAGACGAAGAAGCCAAUUGAUUUUCAGCGAUUUUCGAUAAUUACUGCCAGAGUUAUGGUCCUUGAUCACUUUCAAAAAUCUUGUGGACGCUCUAGAAGCCAAAGUUAAUAUCCGAUUGACUUUAAAUUUAUACACAGUGUUUAAUGUCAUGGGACGAAGAAGCCUAUUGAUCUUCAGCGAUUUCUGAUAAGUACUGCCAGAGUAAUGGCCCUUGAUCACUUUGAAAAAUCUUGUGGUAACUCUAGAAGCUAAAAUUAAUAUCCGAUUGACUUUAAAUUUAUACACAGUGUUUAAGGUCAUGAGACAAAGAAGCCUAUUGAUUUUCAGCGAUUUUCGAUAAUUACUGCCAGUGUUAUGGCCCUUGUAAAUGCUGUAGAGGCUACAGUUAAUAUCCGAUUGACUUUAAAUUUCUACACAGUGUUUGAGGUUAUGGUCCUUGAUCACUUUGAGGUCAUGAGACGAAGAAUCAUAUUGAUUUUCAACCAUUUUCGAUAAUUACUGCCAGAGUUAUGGCCCUUGAUCACUUCAAAAAAUCUUGUAAAUGCUCUAGAGGCUACAGUUAAUAUCCGAUUGACUUUAAAUUUAUACACAGUGUUUGAGGUUAUGGUCCUUGAUCACUUUGAAAAAUCUUGUGACGCUCUAGAGGCUAAAGUUAUCAUCCAAUUGACUUCAGAUUGAUACACAGAGUUUAAGGUCUUGAGACGAACAAGUAUAUUGAUGUUAAGAGUUUCGUAUACUAAACAUUAGCAUGGGGCAGAACUUUAUAAAAACCAAACAAAUUCUAAUGGUUUUCUGAUAAUUACUUAAUUAGUUGUUACUCUUAAUCAGAUUUUAAUGUAUUAUAAAUGUUUAAUUACUGAAAAAAGUAAAAAUAUGCGACAACUCUUGUUGACUCCCUGGACGAUUUAGCUGCUGUGGGCGUAUGUUUCGUUGCCUGGCAACCUAUCUUUUAUUAUUUUAUUAAAAAUGAAUUAUUUAUAUUUAAUUGACCUUGGUGGAAACACUGGGUCAGUAUAAAGGACUUUGCAAUGGUUGAAUUGCUGUCAAAAAAAUGAUAUAUCACUACCCCGUAAUGUAAUCAGGUUCAGUAAAAGUGAAGUCUAUAACAAAGAAUUAUUUUUAUGCAUGUAAGAAAGGAUUGGGUGAUAAAUAAAAUCUCCUACUCGUCUUUUUUUUAUAUCAAAAAAUAUCAACACUCGUCGAUAAAGUAAAAAUAAACUCGGCAAAAAAAACCUUUUUAAUAUCAAAAAUGGCUGGUAGGAGAUUCUUUAUUUAGACUUUCAGCCUGUAAAAAUUAAAAAUUAGUCAUGUCAAAAAGUCAAAAAUUAUGUAACUUGAUAAGUCCUAACAUAAGUCAUGGCUGUCCAAAGCUUUUAUUACUUUCUAUUGAUUUCAUAAUAUCACCUUUUUCUGUUUUAUGUCAGUCAUGGUUUCUGUGCAUGUACAUCAAUAUGUCAAGAUGGCAUCUAAAAAAGAUUUGUUCAUGUAUGAUGUUGUUUUUAUAGUAUCAUUGUUGUAUCCUGUAGUCAUGCAUGGGCAUUCAUCAUCAAAAUGAACUUUAUAAAAGCAGAAAGUUUAUUGUAUUUUGAAUGAAGUUCUGUUUGCUUUUGCCUGAAAUGAAAUGGAAAAAGACCACUAUGUAUGUUCAUUAUCUACUUAUUUGCAUAUUCCGUCAUUUUUAUAUUGCCACAUUAAAUUAUCAGGUGUAUUGCCAUCCUAGUCCAUUGUCCAUCCACCCAUAUCUUGUGAAAGUCAUAGUGGCACAGCACAAUUGCUAUGGAUUGUUUAUUUUUUAUUUAUUUUUUUAAAAUUUGUUGAUUUUUGCAUACGAUAAUAAAGGCAAACUGAGUAUUAAUUCAUCAUUACUAGAUUUUAUAACAUUAAUAAUAUUUUUUUGUCAUUUAUUAAGUCUGAGAAUAUAUUAAAAUGGAUGCUUAUAUACUUUAUUAUCUAGAACACAUGACACUAUGCUUUACAAUUGAAACAGCUGUCACUUUGACACAUUCCAUUGGUAAUAUCUCUCCAAUGACCCCACAAAAAUAGGUCGAACUUUAUCAUUACAUUGCUCAGUAACCAGUAACCGUUCCAACUUCAUUACUUAAAGGCUCGGUCUACAAGAACAAAAAUAGUACCGAAUUUCAAAAGUUGCUAUUCUGUAAUGGAGCGAUUCAACGGACCUACCAUGGCCGCCCCCCCCCGCUUCGGUAGACUGGCUCUUCAAGUUAUGAAGCUAAAAUUUGUUCGAUCUAUGUGAAACAUGCUGGUGUUCAUUCAGAUAAUAUUCUUUGGAAUGGGUACCAAGCAAUUUAUUGUUAAAGUCCGACCAGUUUUUGGUCCACCCAAUACAUACUUUUACACUAAAUUCCCAUUUUGUAUUUAAUAUGGGAAUUAUAAUUUUGCAUUCCCUUAGUCUUUAGGAUGUAUGGGUAUUGUAUUGUAUUCAAUUACAGCCAAUUUUAUUAUAUAUUGGCCUUUCAAUAAUUUAUGGAUAUAUCAGACUUUUCUCAAAGAGAAUUUAGAAAUGGAAAUUCUGACAAAAUCCUUUUCACGUUACCGUAACACGUCUGGUUGUAUAUAAUGAUACGGAUAAAAUUUAUUUCUUGUGAUCUUUGAUGAAUGAUAUCAUGCUUUCCUUUUAGAGAUUUUAAUUGUUCCAUAUUUUCUUGGAAUCAAGUUUUAUUUUGAAAUAAACAGUUUAAAAUUACAA